CGGUGUUGAUAUUUUGAAUGGAGAACAGGAAACUGUGGUAUAUCCACAUGGAAAAAUAAGGAUCCAUUGGCUCGUGAGUAGCGCUACGACUGCUACAAUAAGCAUCUUGUCUUUGGUGCAGCAGCUUCUGGUUGGGGCUAGUCUUUUCCCAAUCUUUCUAAAUGAAUCUUUGAAUUUUCAAUGUGUGUUGGGGAGGGGUCUUUAAAAAGAAAAAGGGUAAGUGGAAGCAAGAAGGAGCGUAGGGUAAAGCAAAAGAAGAGGUCUUUCUCAUACACAGAUCCCUAUGGAUUGCAGGAAGGAUGCCCAGCAUAGCUUGCUGGAACUCAUUCUUUUUGUUUAGUUUAAAGGAACUUACUAGCUUUGUUUCUCUUUAGAAAUCCUUUUUCAGUGAGAAAGAGAGAAAGAGAGAGAGUCAUGCAUAGAAAUAGAAUUGAUUCAGUUGCAGGAGCUUUGGAUUUGUUUUAGAUAAGUUGCUAGAUUUGAUCCAUCACUUCUGCAGCUAAAAGCCAAAAAUCCCUGUUGUUUGUGUGUGUCUGUUUUUUCUUCUUCUUUUUUUCUUUUGCAAAAAUGGAGUGAAGCAUUGAGAUGUUUGGUUUAUGAUUAGUAUUUGUUUCCCAAUGAUUGAGUUGCCCCGCGCCAAGAUAAACUUGCCUAGAAUCUUUACUAGGUUUGAAAGAAGCAUCAUAGUUAAAAGAUGAAGUCCAUGAGCAAUGAUGAUAACAACAACAACAACAAUAACAGUAGUAACUGGUUAGGUUUUUCACUAUCUUCUCACAUGAAAAUGGAGGUUAGCAAUCAAGGCCCUAAUAGUAAUCACAAAACACAGUCAGCUGCUUCUGGUGUUACAACAGCAGUUCCAUCAAGCUUUUUCCCAUCUCCACCAUCUCAUCUUAAUUAUGGACUUUAUUUUGGAGUUGAAGGAGAAAAUGGGGGCCUGUAUUCUCACUUUCCUGUGAUGCCACUAAAGUCUGAUGGGUCUCUUUGUUUAAUGGAAGCUCUUGGCAGGUCCCAGUCACAAGCAAUGGUUCCUACUUCAACUCCUAAACUGGAGGAUUUCUUUGGGGGUGCAACCAUGGGGACCCAUCACUAUGAAAGCAGUGACAGAGAAACUAUGGCUCUUAGCUUAGACAGCAUGUAUUACCAUCAAAAUCCCAAUCAAGAUCACAACUCUCAGAACUGCCUAGACCACCUGCAACACUCCUCGAGGCAGCAGCACCACCAACACCAACUUCAGGUCCAACAAUACCAAUACUACUCAGGAUACAGAAACCAAGAAAUGUUGCUAGCAGAAGAAGCUGAUCAAGAAACCCAUGUUACUGAUUGCAAUCUUCAGCUCCCAACAAUGGCAGAUGAUGGAAGCGCUGCUAUGAAGCACUGGGCUUCAAGAAACUACUCCACUGAGCAUUCUGCGAUGAAUCAGAAGAUGAUAGGGUGCAUGGGUGAUAAUGGAGCUGACUCUGGCUCUAUUGGUGCCAUGGCAUAUGGAGAUUUACAGUCUUUGAGCUUGUCCAUGAGCCCUGGCUCACAAUCAAGCAGUGUUGCUGGUUCACAGCAAAUCUCACCUUCUGCAACUGACUAUGCAGCAAUGGAAACCAAGAAAAGAGGGUCUGAGAAAGUAGAUCAGAAGCAAAUUGCCCACAGGAAAUCCAUCGAUACUUUCGGGCAAAGAACCUCUCAAUAUAGAGGCGUUACAAGACAUAGAUGGACGGGAAGAUAUGAAGCUCAUCUAUGGGACAAUAGUUGCAAGAAGGAAGGGCAAAGCAGGAAAGGAAGACAAGUUUAUUUGGGGGGUUAUGAUAUGGAAGAGAAAGCUGCAAGAGCUUAUGAUUUAGCUGCACUCAAGUAUUGGGGACCCUCCACUCACAUCAACUUCCCAUUGGAAAAUUACCAAAAAGAACUUGAGGAAAUGAAGAACAUGACCAGACAGGAGUAUGUUGCUCAUUUGAGAAGGAAAAGCAGUGGAUUCUCAAGGGGAGCUUCAAUGUACAGAGGAGUGACAAGACAUCAUCAGCAUGGAAGAUGGCAAGCUCGGAUAGGCAGAGUUGCUGGGAACAAGGACCUUUAUCUUGGAACAUUUAGCACUCAGGAAGAAGCAGCUGAGGCUUAUGACAUAGCGGCUAUCAAAUUCCGUGGUGCGAAUGCCGUGACAAAUUUCGACAUAACGAGGUACGAUGUGGAACGAAUCAUGGCAAGCAGCACCCUCCUUGCAGGAGACCUGGCACGGCGAAACAAAGACAUAGGACCUGCAAAUGAGGCUAUCAACCACAAUCUUUUAGCUCAUAACAGCUACGGUGAAACCAACAUUUCACCAAAGAACAAUGGGUCUCAACCAGACUGGAAAAUCGUCCUUCACCAGUCCCCUGAACAGCAGAUGGAGAUGAAACAGGCAAAUAUGAUUGAGAACUAUAAGAGACAGGAUUUCUCAUUGGCCCCAGACAAUCUGGUUGGGAUGGACACAAUCAACUCAGGCCAGAGGGAAGUGGAUGAUUCGAACAAAAUGGGGACUCACUUUUCCAAUGCUUCUUCACUGUUGACUAGUUUGAGCAGCUCAACACAAGGUAGCAGCGGCAGCCUAGAUAGAAAUAGCCUACCAUUGCCGUUUGCCAUGCCUGCUCCACCGACCAAGUUGUUCACUAGUUCAACAAACUCUCUGAAUUCUUGGAUUCCUUCAGCUCAGCUAAGGCCUGCACUCACUGUACCAACUGUGCCAGUAUUUACUGCCUGGACAGAUGCUUAGAUUAGACGUUUUGGGGAAGAAGGGAGGGAGUUUUUUAAAAGACAUUCCAUGUCCAGUUGUGGGUUUCCCGUGACCAGUCUAAGGUUAGGUUGAAUCAAUCAUGGUUUUUUUUUUUUUUGGUUUGCAACUCGUGGGAUAUGAUUUCUUCCCUUCAUGCACAUGUGCAUAUCAAAGCACUUCCAUGCAAAGACAAUAAUGAUAUAUUUCUAAUAAAAAAACAAUAGAAGGUUUCAAUUUCAUA